AUGGCACAGCAACUACUGAAGCAAGUGUUGCGGACCCUUGCGCUUCCGGUGAUAAUGCCGCUUUUAGCGCUGAACAGGAGGUUUCGGAUAUUGGACGAUAUUCGGACAAUCACGUACUUCGUUCAGGCGUUGGUAGCAUACGGAUGGUGCACACUGACACAACGGUUCCCAACAUGGUAUGUUUUCGAGGCCCAGGUUGCGAAACAUGGGGAUUCGCCGUGUAUCCGAUACUGCCGCCCGCAGGCGCGGAAGGGCGACUUCACGGUGGAGACGUACACUUACCGUGAGACGUACGAGCAUGUGCUGCGGCUGUCUUACGUGCUAUACCACGACUACGGGGUGCGUGCCGGCGAGCAUGUGGCGGUUAACUAUGCGAACAAGCCGAUGUUCCUGUUCCUAUGGCUGGCGCUGUGGAACAUCGGCGCUGUGCCGGCAUUUGUAAACCACAACCAGAAGGGCACGCCGCUGAUUCACUCGGUGAAGAUUUCGAACGCGCGCUUGUUAUUUGUGGAUGCAGGAACGACCAACCUGCCCAAAGGGUCCGAGGCGGAGCUUUUGAAGGAGCUUCCUGAGUUACAGAUCCACCACUUUGACGAGGAGCAGAUGUUGGCGAUUAUUAAAAGCGACAAGAGCCCCUCUCUCCUAAUCAAACGUGGCGAGCGCACGCCGCGCACCCUCCACGACUAUGAUCCUGCGAUGUUGAUCUACACGUCGGGGACGACGGGACUGCCUAAAUCGGCAAUUAUGUCCUGGCGUAAAGCUACUCUUGGAUGCUCGCUGUUUGGUUUUAUGAUGCGUAUAAGCCCAGAAAGUGUGGUACUCACGGCCAUGCCGCUGUAUCACUCGACCGCGGCGUUGCUGGGUGUCUGCGCAGUUUUUACACAGGGCGGCUGUAUUGCCAUCUCCAAUAAGUUUUCGACUACCACAUUCUGGAAGGAGGCAUAUCUGUCCAAGGCCACGCAUAUCCAGUAUGUGGGAGAAGUGUGUCGGUACCUCAUGAACGCUCCGAAAUCCGAGUACGAAGAUAUGGCAACAGUUAAGGUCGCUUACGGGAACGGACUCCGCCAAAGUAUCUGGAUGGAUUUCAAAAAGAGGUUCCGCAUUGAGGCGAUCGGUGAAUUCUACGCAUCAACUGAGGCGCCAUUUGCCACAACUGCCUUCCAACUGGGUACGUUUGGCGUUGGAGCAUGCAGGAGCUAUGGCAGCCUUGUGCACUGGAUACUGUCGUACCAGCAAACUCUAGUGCGGGUUGAUCCGGACGAUGAGUCGGUAGUAUACCGGAACGAAAAUGGAUUCUGCGAGGUCCCAGCAAGUGAUGAACCUGGUGAACUACUAAUGCGGAUCUUUUUCCCCCGCAAACCGCACACCUCGUUCCAGGGGUACUUGGGCAACAAAAAGGCGACGGAGAGCAAGGUUCUACGCGAUGUUUUCAGGAAGGGAGAUGCAUGGUACCGGUCAGGCGAUCUCUUGAAAUCCGACAAGUACGGGCAAUGGUACUUCGUGGACCGGAUGGGUGAUACGUACCGGUGGAAAUCCGAAAAUGUCUCGACUACCGAGGUGGAGAAUCAGUUGCUCUCGUUCAACAAGGACCUCUUUGACUGUUUGGUUGUAGUGGGCCUGAAGAUUCCAAGCUACGAGGGUAGAGCCGGGUUUGCUGUUAUCCAACUGAAUCCAGCGCGCCGCGGACUGGACCAUGCCAGUUUGUUAGACGACCUUGUCGAGUAUUUGAAACAUGCUCUUCCUCGGUACGCCUUGCCGCUGUUCAUCAAGUUCACAAACCAGCUGGAAACAACCGAUAACUAUAAGUUCGCCAAGAAACAGUACAAAAACCAGCAGUUGCCUCAUGGUGCGGAUGGGGACGAGACAAUUUACUGGUUAAAAGACUACUCGCAGUACAAAGUCUUGACCGACGAGGACUGGGAGCAGAUAUCAACCGGAAAGGCAAAGCUUUAG